AUGGAGAUCUCCUUCUCCGCACCCCCACCCCCUCCCCCUCCGGAUGCCGCGUGUGCCGCCACCGCUGCCCCGUUGCUGGCACCUGCCGCCCCCCAGGUGCUGCCUCCCCCUGUCGCCGCGGUCUCCUCCUCGCCGCCGCAGCAGCAGGCAGCUGUGGCUGCGGCCGUGGUUGCUCCUUCCCCGGCCGACGACAAGGUCCUCGUGUCAGUUGAGGUACUGUUGCACGCCGCUAGCGCGGCUCGCCACGAGGACGUCCAGGUGGCGGUAGAGAGGAUGCUAGAAGCUCGAAGCUUAAGCUAUGUUGAUGGGCCUGUGCCAAUUCCUGCUGAUAAUUCUUUUCUUCUUGAAAAUGUCAAAAGGAUACGAAUAUGUGACACUGAUGAGUGGGCUGAGAAUCGCAAAGUUCUCUUAUUUUGGCAAGUUAAGCCUGUUGUGCAUGUGUUCCAGCUGAGUGAAGAUGGUCCUGGUGAGGAACCAAGCGAGGAUGAUACGCUCUCUAGCUUUAAUGAGUGGGCCUUACCUGCCAAAGAAUUUGAUGGUUUGUGGGAAAGUUUACUAUAUGAAGUUGGUCUCAAGCAGAGGUUGCUGAGAUAUGCUGCCAGUGCUUUGCUUUUUACUGAAAGAGGUGUGGAUACAUGUCUGGUUUCAUGGAACCGGAUUGUACUUUUGCAUGGUCCACCUGGAACAGGAAAGACUUCCUUGUGUAAAGCACUAGCACAGAAACUUUCCAUUCGCUUCAAGUCAAGGUAUUCUAUGUGUCAAUUGAUUGAAGUGAAUGCUCAUUCGCUGUUCAGCAAGUGGUUUUCUGAAAGUGGAAAAUUGGUUGCCAAACUUUUCCAGAAGAUCCAGGAGAUGGUGGAGGAAGAAAGCAACCUGGUAUUUGUAUUGAUAGAUGAAGUUGAAAGCCUUGCUGCUGCCAGACAAGCUGCCAUAUCUGGCUCUGAACCUUCAGACUCCAUUAGAGUUGUGAAUGCACUGCUAACACAAAUGGACAAACUGAAGUCUUGGCCAAAUGUUAUCAUUUUAACAACAUCAAAUAUCACUACAGCAAUAGAUAUUGCAUUUGUUGACAGGGCAGACAUUAAGGCAUAUGUCGGACCCCCUAUGCUUCAAGCACGAUACGAGAUCUUGAGGUCAUGCAUACAGGAGCUCUUAAGAGUUGGCAUUCUUACAUAUCCUCAGGGUAGUAGUGUGCCGUGUAUUCUGAACUAUUCGACCCUGAAGGAGAAGAAGCACUGUCCUGAGGCUGCAGAACCCCAUGGUGCGUUUCAGUUAUCCAGUCUACUCUAUGAAGCCGCAAAACUGUGUGAGGGACUUAGUGGCCGGUCAUUGAGGAAACUCCCUUUCCUGGCACAUGCCUCUGUCACCAACCCUUCAUGCUGCGAUGCUUCUACUUUCUUGCAUACAUUGAUAAAGACUGCGCAAAGAGAGGUCUUGGAGUCAUGUGGUUAG